GCAGCGAAUCGUGGAAAAGUCGAAACGGACGGGCGUUUCGUGGAUCCAGAAGGCGAUGCAGUCGGUGAAGGAAUUGGCCGCGGAACUCGCCGAGGAGAGCGACGACGAGGUUAGCAAGGUUAACAAGGCCAGCGACGAGAAGAAGAAGGAGGUAUCGACCGUAGAAACGGAGAAACUGGGGAAACAGGAGGAGGAACCGCGGGAAAUGGAGAAAACGAAGCUGGGGGAGCUGGAAGCGGGGGAUUUGAUCGCGUUGGAGGCGUUGGAGGACGGGGUGCGACGGUUUGAGUUGAAUGAAUGCGAAGUGGAUGCGAUGGAAGUGAAAAACGCGAUGUUGAUGAGUGGAGAACAAUGCUUGGUGAUUGCGAGAAAGAUUGGAGAGAAGCGAUGCACAGUCGUAGCGAGUCGGAAGCUGGACAUGGUCGAGAAGAUGGCGAAGAAGAAGGAUCAUCCGAAUGUGGUGACGCUGCUGUUUAGUGGAAGCGACGGAGAGAAAAGCCAGUGGAAGAUCGAAGCGAAGGACACGAUGGCAGUGUGUUCGGAGAUUUCGAACGCGUUAGCCCAGUUGGAUUAAGAAUAGGUUGGUGGAUUGAUUAUUUGAAUGCUUGUUGUU